GUGGUGGCCUGUAUGACGGCCAUUCUGAGUCAGAUGGAUGACAGCCACUACUCCAGCUACCUAGAAACCUUCUCAGGCACCACUGACCUAGUGGACUUUCUGAUGGAGACAUUCCUACUUUUUAAGGAUCUGAUUGGGAAGCACGUCUAUCCCUCUGACUGGAUGGCUAUGAUCAUGGUGCAGAACAGGGUGUUCCUCAGAGCAAUCAACACCUACGCUGACACCAUGAACCUCAAGUUCCUCAACAACAACGACUUUGAAGUGCAGCUAUGGAAUAAUUACUUCCAUUUGGCCGUUGCAUUCAUUACCCAAGAGUCAUUGCAGCUCCAGCACUUCUCCUCAACCAAGAGGAACAAGAUCCUGGCAAAGUAUGGAGACAUGAGGAGACUCAUUGGUUUUGCCAUACGGGACAUGUGGUACAAACUGGGUGGGAAUAAGAUCUGUUUUAUCCCUGGGAUGGUGGGUCCUAUCCUGGAGAUGACUCUGAUUCCUGAGGAAGAGCUGAGACGAGCCACCAUCCCCAUCUUCUUCGACAUGAUGCAGUGUGAACACACACUCUCCACACACUUCCACAAGUUUGAGAAUGAGAUCAUUCUGAAGCUGGAUCAUGAGGUGGAGGGAGGAGGAGGAGAUGAGAGAUACAUGGAGCUACUGGAAACCAUUCUGUUGGAGUGUGCUGUGGCGCAUCCCUUGUUGAGGCCAGAGGUCGAGCACUUCGUUACCUUGGUGAAGGGACUACUGGUGCGUCUCCUUGACUACCGCACAGUGAUGAGCGACGACAGCCGCAACAACCGCAUGAGCUGUACUGUCAAUCUCCUGAAUUUCUACAAGGACAUCAACCGUGAAGGGAUGUACAUCAGAUACCUAUAUAAGCUGAGAGACCUUCACUUGGAUGUGGAAAACUACACAGAGGCUGCAUACACCCUGCUGCUUCACUCUCGCCUGCUUAAGUGGUCAGACGACCAGUGCAGUCCCCAGUUUGAGGUGCGUAGCUGUCAGACCCAGCGUCAGCUGAAGGAGACGCUCUAUGACAUCAUCAUCGGAGACUUCGACAAGGGCAAGAUGUGGGAGGAAGCCAUCACUCUGUGUAAGGAGUUGGCUGACCAGUAUGAGAUGGAAGUAUUUGACUACGAGCUGCUCAGCCAGAGUCUGAAGCAGCAGGCUAAGUUCUAUGAGAACAUUAUGAAGAUCCUGAGGCCCAAGCCAGACUACUUUGCAGUGGGAUACUAUGGACAGGGUUACCCUCCCUUCCUCAGGAACAAGGUGUUUAUCCACCGGGGGAAGGAGUACGAGCGUAGAGAAGACUUUCAGAACCAGCUGAUGAGUCAGUUCCCUAUCGCUGUCCGUCUCAAUAUCACCACCAUGCCUGGAGACGACGUCAGACUCUCCCCUCUGCAGUACAUCCAGUGUUUCACUGUCCAGCCUGUCCUGGAGAUCCCACCUCACCUGAAGAACAAACCUGUCCCUGACCAGAUCAACAACUUCUACAAGUCCAACUAUGUGCAGCGUUUCCACUACUCCAGACCAGUGAGGAGAGGACCAGUGGACCCCAACAAUGAGUUUGUAUCAAUGUGGAUUGAGCGCACCACGUUCACCACAGUGUACAAACUCCCUGGGAUCCUGCGCUGGUUUGAGGCCACAGACAUGAAACAUACCACUAUCAGUCCUCUGGAGAAUGCCAUAGAGACCAUGGAGAGCACAAACGACAAGAUUCUCACCAUGGUCAAUCAAUACCAGGCCGAUGACGCCCUUCCCAUCAACCCCCUCUCCAUGCUGCUCAACGGCAUCGUGGACCCCGCUGUCAUGGGGGGCUUCGCCAAGUACGAGAAGGCCUUCUUCACUGAGGAGUACAACCUGCAACACCCAGAGGACAGAGAUAAGCUGGAUCGCCUCAAAGACCUCAUCGCAUGGCAGAUCCCGUUGCUGGGGGGAGGGAUCUCUCUACAUGGGAAGAGAGUGACAGAUGACCUACGACCUUUCCACGAGCGCAUGGAGGAGUGCUUCAAACACAUGAGGAAGAAGGUGGAGAAGGAAUACGGAGUGAGGGAGCUGCCGGAUAUGGAUGAGAGGAAGUCAACUCGUCCGCGCUCUGUCCUUCGCUCCUUCCGUCAGUCUGUCAUCUCCAUCUGCUCCCUCCAGGGGUCUGAGUGUGGGACCCCCACCAAACCUUACCCAGACAGUGGUCUCCCUGACACGGUGGCCCCCCGGACCCCCACCCUGCAGAGCUCCAGUGGGAGUGGGAGCAUGGCGGAUGAGGGAGGGGCCGAGGGGGAGGUGAAACUCAGGAAGUCCAAGAAGAAGAGGAAGAGGAGCAGCAUGAUCUUCAUCCCAGAGGAGAGAGACAGGACCAACACGCUGGACAGCAAACGGCUGUCCAAGAAGCAGGAGUUCCGCAGUGACACCAACCUGUCUGAACCCUGUCAGGGAAACGACUCUCUCACCAACGCCAACUCCAGGUCUCUGCCUGCUAUUACAGGUCUGUCUCUGUCCGUGGCCAAUGGUAGUGAGGAGGCGGAGUCAGCCCGGUCCAGGAGGGACAGUAAGAGCAUGUCUGUGUGUCUUCCUGGUGACCGUACCCCUGACAGACGUUCCAAAGGAGUCAUCAACCUGCUGUUCGGGGCCAAGAGCAACAAAUCAGAGCAACAGAACAACAAGUCGUCUACUGACCCAGGCAACAAGAAAGCCAGUCAUUUCUAACAGCCAUCCAACACACAUGAUGUACCCUCAGUGCCUUUUAACCUGCUCUGCUUUGAAUGCCAGUUAACACAAGGGGCUAAUGCCCUGCUAGAAACUCCUCUUUGGAAAGAGCUAUCUGAUCAGCUUUUUUGUCAGGUUUUAAAGACUUGUUUGUGCUCACACUAGCACACACACAUAGAGGAAGAGACACAGACUUGAUCUCUGAAGAAAUUCUGCAUAGCAUGCUUUCACGCUUCUGCUCUCACAUCUUUAAUCAAUAAAAAACAUUUUCAUUGACUGGCCUUUUAUAAUAUUGAGUGGCGUUCGCAAGCUUUCAAAUUUUAUUCAACUUGAAACAAUGAAUAAAAAGAUAUCCAAAGCAAUUUCCA